CAUAAUAAUGUUGGGAACAUUCUGAUAUUAUGUGUCCGCUAUAAAGAUACAUUGUAGCCGAAGCCUUUUCGUCAUAAGCGAGCGGCAUGACGUCGAGCCGCAUCAAACGCUUCCAUUCAGGCAGGGGCUUUAUUAUGCAGAAAUACCAAAAUGAUUGGCCUGAUAUCAAAAUGAGUGAUCAUAAAUAAUAACGCGAGAGUUUGCAAGUUGCCUGCCGACUGUAGUCGCAACUGUCAAAGGCAGCGGCGGAUACGCGCGUGACCCAGCACCCAUACUGUUACUGUACACGGUCGCGGAGAUAAUAUCCAUAUCAAACAAAUACACGGCAUAAUCCCGAGGUAAGGACCGGAAUCGAGGGGCUGCGGCGAAACCGCGCGACGCUGUGCCUUGCCCUCCGCUUUCCGUCGCGUUCACUUCUUCCACCCUCGAUUACAGCACUAAACAUAUCCCCGUGCCUCCUUUAGCAACAGCGCGAAGGUUUUUUUUUUUUUUUUACUCCUCCUUCGUAUUAAAGUCGCCAUUUUGCUUCACUGCCUAUGAAAGCUUCUUGUAUUUUCAUAUUUUUCGCGGCGUUUCUGCGUAUUUGUGCGCGUGCUUUUGAUUUGGAUUUUAAUGAGAGAGCUCGUGGAUUACAUAUUGAUGAAGAGGGGCGCCGAGUGCAGUCUGGAAACACGGUGAAAGUGUUCGGCUUGUGGGCAUUUGCAUCAGCUUGCUCUUUUUUUUCUUCCUCCUCCUCCUUCUUCAUCAUCCUCCUUCUUCAUCCUCCUCCUCCACGGAUACGCACAGCGGGGGCCGUGAGUGUGGCUACCGACCGUGACGCCCGUCUGUCCGCGACUCCCCGCGCGUCAGGUGCGUUUGCCAUGUAAAGUCAAGUGGCGCGACGCGAGAGUAAAGGCUACAGCCUGACCCCACGUGGGUCACCCGCUCACCCGCUCACCCGCCAGUGUUGGGUGGCUUUCCAGGCAUGGACACCUCCAGUGGUGCCCGGGUGGUGAAGCCUUCCCCAGGCUUGUCAAAGGGGCGCACUGCCAAACACGCCCACCCCGCCGAGAUGGCCCGAAUGGGCAGCACUGAAAACGACAAUCACGGUUCCUCCUAUAAUGAGAAAUCAGAGGGUAAGAAGAAAGGACGCCCUCGCGUGGAGGUGCAGGAGCUGCGCAUUAUUCCCGCCCAUAUGAUGGUUCAGUGGAAAGAGGAGUUUAAGAGUCGUUCCAGGGUGAAAUGUCCAUGCUCAGGCUGCUGGUUGGAAUUCCCCAGUAUUUACGGACUUAAAUAUCACUAUCAGCGAUGCCAAGGGGCGACCAUAGCAGAGAAGCUGAGUCACAGAUGCCCGUGCUGUGAGGCUGUGUUUGCCACCAAGGUGCGUCUUCAGAAGCACAAGCUGUGGAACCACCCAGAAAGGGUCACCAUGGAGACCAAGUCAGGGGUCACCAAAUCUGAUCCCAAGUCCGAACCCAAACAACAGAAAAGCCCUGUGAAGGGAAAUGCCAAAAAAAGGCCCAUAGAGAACAGCCCUACAUCACCCGUAAUUGUCAAGGUGAAGAAGACCCAGGAGGUGUCUCAGCCCUCACAUAAUGGGGAGUGCGCCCCCCUGAGGCCGGACAGAAAACAGCAGCAGGGGACGUCCGUAGACACUGGGGACAGUGAGAGCGAGGGGGGCAGUCUACCCCCACCCUUCCCUGAGGAGGACCCUGAGAGAAUGAAGCACAGGAGGAAGCAGAAAACUCCAAAGAAGUUCACCGGGGAGCAGCCGUCUAUUUCAGGAACAUUCGGUUUGAAAGGAAUGAAUAAGGUGGAGGAGAAGUUGAAAGCAGGUCGGAUGAAGAGGGCGGAAGGGGCUCUGUUCACCGAGGAGUCCCGGAGGAAGCAGUCAGUUCAAGCUCCCACCAGAAAAGAGACUGCUGCUAUCAGUUCAGUUCCCUCUGCUGAAGCCCAGUGGCAGAACACCAUCUCUGAGAGAGGGGAAGUGGUCUGUCCCACCUGCUCUGUUGUCACUCGCAAGACCGUCCACGGUCUCAAGAAGCACAUGGAGAUCUGUCAGAAGCUGCGGGACGCUCUCAAAUGUCAGCAGUGUCAGAAACAGUUCCGAUCAAAAGCUGGACUCAAUUACCACAGCAUGGCUGACCACGUUAAGCCCUCGGCGAGUGAAAAUGUGUCCGAGGAGCAGGAGGAGAGAGAGAGGCUGCGCUGUGUCCUCAAACAGAUGGGCCGAAUCAAAUGUCCCAGUGAGGGCUGUUCAGCUCAUUUCUCCAAUCUGAUGGGUUAUCAGUAUCAUCAGAAACGCUGUGGCAGAGAGCUACCAGACGGACAGAAGCCUGUCUUCCUGUGCCAGCACUGUGGUAAGACAUAUCGCUCAAAAGCUGGCCGUGACUACCACCUGCGCACCGAGCACCCCGUCACUGCCCUGUCCACACACUCGCUCACAGCUGAGGACUGGAAACAGGAAGACAGUAAAGAUGAGGAGGAUGUGCUGGAGGACGAAGAAGAGGAGGAGGAGGAGGAAGAAGAGGAAGAGGAAGAGCCUGUGCAGAAGAAGGGCAGAGAGAAGUCAAAGGAGAGAGUAGAUGAACCGGUGGAGAAGAUGGAGGAGAGGAAGGAGGAGAAAACAGAGAUGGAGGAGCUGCUGGAUUUGGAGAGGACGCCCAGUGGCAGGGUGCGCCGGCGCUCGGCUCAGGUGGCAAUGUUCCACCUGCAGGAGAUCGCAGAGGACGAGCUGGCCAAAGACUGGGGCACCAAACGACGCAUCAAAGAUGACCUCGUACCAGACAUCAAGAGGCUCAACUAUACACGACCAGGCCUUCCCAACUUUAGCCCAGAAACUGUGAACAGCUGGAAGAACGAGGUGAAGGAAAAAGGAUUUAUCUGCUGCCCCAAUUGUAACUGUGAGGCUAUCUACUCAAGUGUAUCUGGACUUAAAGCACACUUGGCAAGCUGUAACAAGGGAGGGGGCGACGUAGGGAAGUACACUUGUUUGCUCUGUCAGAAGGAGUUUAACUCUGAGAGCGGCGUGAAGUACCAUAUCAGCAAGACACACUCUCAGAACUGGUUUCGGGCAUCUACCAAUGAGGUGACUAACAACAAGAAAAAAGAGCCAGAGAGCAAUGGCUUACAGAAGGACAUGAAAAACGUAGUGCCUGGGAAGAGGAGGGGACGAAAGCCCAAAGAGCACCACCUGGUGACAGCCCCCUUUCCAGCAGAGACUCAGAGCUUCAGCUCUGCUCCACCCCAGACCGUAAGCCCAGCCCCAGAAAGCCAAACCCUCACGCCCAACCCCGUCACCAACACCCCAACCACUCCCCCUUCCCCAGUGGACAGUGGGAAUCCAGCCCAGGCCAGAGACACACAGCCCCCUAGAAAGAAACGAGGCAAAACUAAGAAAGCGUCGACCACUGAGUAACACGGCUUUUACUCCGUCAACACCAGAAGGGAUGUUUUCCGAACUUCUCCAGAUAAAUCUUUAGUCAAUUCGGUCAUGGAAAUGAAGGAUGGCACAGAAGAACAAGCUCGGAAAGAUGAACGGCAGAACAAGGGGAUGAAAUACAGCAGAAAACAACAAUGAUUUGCUCUUGUAUUGUUUUCACACUGAUCUUUGUGUUUUUUAAGAUGAGUAUAUACAUUAUGUGUGUGCUUGUGUAUACUUAUAAAUAUUACCCCUGUUGUUUUUUCAUUCCAUUUUUAUAGUUGAUUUUAAUAAGUUGUUCACUCUAAAGGGGUCAAUAACAUUUAAGCUCCCAGUU